GAAAGGCUGUCACUGGCUGUAUUUCCUGUUCCUGGUGUCUUGGGGUUCGAAAACGAUCAGUGAACCAGAUCUCAAAGGCUCCAGCGGCUGUUGCUGCAAACAGGAGCUCACCCUUGUCAUACGCAGCCCUCGCCAGUUGACUGAGCCUUGCUUGACCUGCGGACAAUCACUCAGCCACUCUCCUGCCUACUGCUGAGACUGCCAGGCAGUGCCAUCUGCUCUGCCGCCUUUCCCUGGCUGAAAGACACAAUGACCACGUUAUUUGUCUUCCAGCUUCACCUCAAGACAUGGAAGCUGUAGCCAAGUUUGAUUUCGUGGCCUCAGGUGAGGAUGAACUGAGCUUUCAUGCUGGCGAUGUCCUGAAGAUCUUAAGUAACCAGGAGGAGUGGCUCAAGGCAGAGCUUGGGAGCCAAGAAGGAUAUGUGCCCAAGAAUUUUAUAGACAUCCAGUUUCCUGAGUGGUUUCAUGAAGGCCUCUCGAGACACCAGGCAGAAAGCUUACUAAUGGGCAAGGAGGUUGGUUUCUUCAUCAUCCGGGCCAGCCAGAGCUCGCCAGGUGACUUCUCCAUCUCUGUCAGGCAUGAGGAUGAUGUUCAACACUUUAAGGUCAUGCGAGACAAUAAGGGUAACUACUUCCUGUGGACUGAGAAGUUUCCAUCCUUAAAUAAGCUGGUGGACUACUAUCGAACAACAUCCAUCUCUAAACAGAAGCAGAUCUUCCUGCGGGAUAGAACCCAAGAGGACCAGGGUCGCCGGGGCAACAGUGUGGACCGGAGGUCCCAGGGAGGCCCAUCCCUCAGUGGGGCUGGGGGAGAGGAGGUCCGGCCUGCCAUGAACCGAAAGCUGUCAGAUCAUCCGCCUCCCCUUCCCUCACAGUACCACCACCAUCAGCAGCCCCCUCAGUUUCCUCCAGGAUCGCAGCCCCCUCUGCAGCAGCGGUAUACACAGCACCAUCAUUUUCAUCAGGACCGCCGUGGAGGCAGCCUGGACAUAAACGAUGGGCACUGUGGCGUGGGCACAGGCAGCGAAAUGAACACUGCCCUCAUGCAUCGGCGACACACAGACCCUGUACAACUCCAGGUGGCAGGGCGUGUGCGCUGGGCCCGGGCACUGUAUGACUUCGAAGCCCUGGAGGAGGACGAGCUGGGAUUCCGCAGUGGAGAGGUGGUUGAAGUCUUGGACAGCUCCAACCCAUCCUGGUGGACUGGCCGACUGCACAACAAACUGGGCCUCUUCCCUGCCAACUACGUGGCACCCAUGAUGCGAUGAACCCUUCUGGGUGGGGGCUUCAGGAGCUUUUGUCUGAAGCUGCCCAUAAGAGAGAGGACCAGGGGAGAGGCUGGGCUGCGUGACUACAUAUACAUGCACAUAGGAUGAUGUAUAUUAUGCUCAUGUAUACACACAAUGUAUAUAUGUAUGCCUAUGCGUGUACACAUUUUAUGAUAGUAAUUUAUUGGCAAUUGAAUUGGUGAAUUAGUUGAUGUGAGAGGGAACUCAGGUGCAGAAUGAUAUACUUCUUUUUCUGCUCUCCUCAGAGGUGUGAGAAGGCAAUGAGAGAGUGGAGAAGGAGGGCAGGGAAAUGAAGCAGGACUUCUUCCUGUCCUUGAAUUUGCGUCACUGCCUUCCAGGCUUGGGAAUUUCCCAGGGUGUACACACAGAACACAGGGUGGAACUGGACUUGGUGGGGCAUGUCCUAGCUCACCUGCAAGUCUUACUCACCUGGAGGGUGUGCAGGGUAGCUUCCCUUCAGUUCUCCACGGAGUAGGCACUGCCCUAUUGAGAACUCAGGUGCCGCGGAUCCAUGGCCACUGACACCAAGCAAGUCUGAGCAGGGAGCAGGCACUUUACAGAAUCUGGGAUUCUGCUUUCUUUGCAAGGCUGGCCUCUAGCCAUGCCCCCUGAGACUUUCAUCCUCCUCUAAUCCAUGUCCCUGGGGCAGUCCUGUUCCCCAUGGCUGAUGGGAGAGUGUCUCCAACAUGGAGUCACAGAGACAUUGUGAGGAACCAAGCUCUGGGGAACAGAGGGAUUCUUCACAGAUCUGCCGUGGCUUACCUGGAUAUAACCUCCAUGCUUCAUGUCCCCAGUUGCAAAGAAAGCAGAAUCCCAGACUCUAUAAAGUGCUUGGAAAAGCCCUGGCUAAGAAUUCAGAACUUACAGUCAUCAUUUUUGUGGCUACUGGAGUGUCUCUGCAGCGUUCUGCUCCUUUUCCCUCUUGAUUUUCUGUUUGAAGGUGCCUUGCCCAGUGGCUAGAAGGAAGCCAAGAACAUUGACUAGGGAUGGACAGAUCGAUAGAUAGAUUGAAUCUGACCCCAAGAAAGAGCUGGCUUUGAAAUGAGCUUCCUGUUCAAUCGUACUGUUGCACCACUGCUGGCCUCCCCUCUCCCAAGAGUUGUACCUGGGGAGAAGAACCUCAUUGCCACUGUCCCUUCUUGUCAUCUCAAACUAGAAAUUUGUGUGUCCUGGUGACACCCUGGGUGUAUGAAGCACAGAUCAGCCCGUCUGGGAGGAAAGGGGCACUCAGUGCCUUUGUGGAGCCUGGGAGCAAACACAUCUGCACACAGGACACUUAUAAGGAUAUGUGUAUGUGUGUGUGUAUGCAUACCUGUGCAUGUCUGUGGUGUGUACAUGUAAAGAUGUGGGCACUUAUGUACAUGUAUGUACGUGUGUGUACGCACACAUGCUGAGAAGGGCUGUGGUGAAAGUGUUGGUAAGGGUGCAUGGUAGGGGCGCCUGUUCUUUAUUUCCUCUCUCCAGCCCUUCCAGCUUUAGGAAGGGACUUCAGCCAUCACUGAAGAUAAUAGAAGAGAGAUUUUGGCUCAGAAGUGACUGCCAGUAGUGUACACUCCGUUCCUGUGACUGAUUCUAUGAUUCUCUGAUCCCUAGGCUCCCUUUAGAGAGAAGAGGGGAGAAAGGGACUCUGUGGUGGAGACUGGGGGAAGAGAAAAGGGCCUGAAAGUGGCAGGGGAAGCAGAGUGUGAGAGAGAAGUGGCUGCAGCCGCGGGAAGCAAAGUCAGGGAAGGAAGAGCAGCGAAGACAUUCCAGAGCCUCACAUGAGAAGCAGAGGGAGGAGAGGGAGCAAGAGGUCAGGCAGGAUAGUGUUAUGAGGCCUUGGGCACCCAGUGCAGGAGGGAGGGGCCAAGCUGGGUGGAAAGGGUGAAACAAAGCAAGGCAAAGAACCAAGAAGCCCCAAGAAGAAAAAGAACAGGAGAAAGGGAGCCAAGACAGACGACCUCUUCAGUUACCUUGGUGCUAGGUAAUGUGAGACAUUACAGUAAAUAAAAGCCAAAAGUAAUGUUUGAUUUCACAGUAUUUGCAAACCAUAUGCUUUAAACAGCCCACAAACUUCAUCCAUUUGUCUGAGUCUGUGGGAGGAACAGCCCUGGUGAAGACAGAGACAAAUGACUCAGUUCUGGUCUAGAUCUUGUGCCUUAAAAACACUUUGUGAGAAGGCAGUAGUAAUAAAGCAACUGUCCCUGUUUUGCCAGAAGGUAUCUGUUGUCUGUGUGGUGUAGCCUUCAGGUGGGGGACAGGAGAACACCAAGCUGUGGCAGGGGUCCUUGGCCUAGAGAAGCUGAUCACAUGAAUGGGUGAUAUGGACAGAGCUUUCAGAACCCAUGCAAACAAGUUCAAGCAAGGCUCAUUGUGGGAGUAAGUGGGGAUAUUUUUUUACUA